GCAGGUUUAAACCGAUUUAGCCCGGGUCGGGAGCUAUCGGCUGAGGUUGUGGCCGUGGGGAGAGGCCUGAGGCAGUUUCACCUCGAGUUGCAUUGUAGGCCUAGUGGACGGUGAGCUUUGUCUCCACCCUGAGCCCGAUUAAGAUGAGAGUCUUCUGUUGAUCUGGUCAAAGCAAAACCAACACUCUUCUAUCCCUCUCCGGAUGGGAACUCUGAGGGUUCGAGCUUCAGGGUGAUCGUAACGUCUCCCCGAGGUUUGAUAUGGAACACCUGACACCUUUCAAGGCUGGAAUGGCGCACAUGGGUGUGUGUUUUCCUCAAACAGAUUCUCCUCCAGUAGUUCUGAGGACAGUACACAAGCAUACGCCAUUUCGUCAGACCCCAGCUAGACGGAGGAUUUCGAGACCAGAAUGGCCAGUAGAGAAUCCAGAGCAGAUUGCACUAUUAUUACAGAAACAAUGGCAUCUAUAUCAUCUAACACCCCUGUAUAGAUUCUCUUACACCAUGCUGAAGAAAUACUCAAAUGAGUUGUCUGUGUUCAUCGCUUCAGAGAAGAAAAAGGGAAUGGCAGUUGAAGUGGGAAUUGAGCUUGCCAGCAAAGCUAAAUUCUCCAUGCUUGCUGGUCUCCGAGCUACUGAAAGUGAUCCCGAGGCAGUCUUCAUACAGAUAACAUCAAAGACUCCAGUCCAACAAUCAUCUGAUGAAAAGGUGGUCUGGUCUGGGUGGCUAUGCUGUGUUGAUGGAGACCUGGGCUUCUUGGCAUCUCUCCCUGUGGAAUUCACCUGUUUGCCCUUGCUUUUUGCCAAUGGCCCUGAAACAGUAACAGCUAUUGUUGGAGAAUGGUUGCAGAAAACAUUUGACUGUUACAUCAGUGCGUUCCCUAUCAGUUCUGAGAACUUGACCUGGAUGGCUGCCAUGUGGGCCAAUUGUUUUUCUGACUGUAUCCAUCGUGUAAUGGAACUAGAAUGGUCUGUGCCCCCUGUGCAACUGACCAUUUCACUGAGUAUUCACCCAGAGGAUGCUAAGGCUUUGUGGGACAGUAUCCAUGGAGAUGAGGAUGAAAUCACCAUAGAAGAAGUGGAUUUAUUCAUGAGCAGCCUUCAUUCACAUUUCUACAGGCAUUUUGGGGUGCGGCUUGCAGCUACACACCUAGUAAAGGUAACAACAGGCAUUGCAUCUGCUCACUGUGAUGGAAAAUUAAAGCUGUUCAACAGCAAACAUAUAGACCACGUGCUGCCAUUCCUAACUGAGCUGGCUUUUCAUCAGAUACAGUAUCAACCUCGUCUCUGCACUACUAUGGAUUAAAUUUGACUGGAUCUCGAACUUGCUCCUCAGCCACAACAGAAGACUGAUAUCUUCUUCUGAAAAGAACCAGUUACUGGGCUGCGUGACAUGACUGACAGGAAGGAGAAAAUGGAUGAACAUAUACAGAGCUACCAAAACAUUUGACUUCUGUGCUUUUUUUUCUCCAAGGAACCUGUCAUUUUUUACAUUCUUGGGCAAAAUAAAAACUGCACUCUUUUUACUGGAGGGACCAUCUCCUGUUUUGCAAUUUGUAUUGCACAGAACCUUAAACUGCUUUCACAUCUUAAUGCUUUCAGAAGUAGUAUCUAUUGAGCAAAUUUUAAAACUAAUUUUUCAUAUAUAUCUGCUCAUGACUGGCAAAAGAUAAAAUUAUUACAUAAAUAUUUAAUGUCAUUAAACCCAGUUUCAAACACCAUGUCUAUAAUGCCGUAACUUACUGUACAACAAAUCUAAAGCUGUUAACAUUAAUAAAGUAUUAGUACCCUAAGUUGAUUUAUUCACUCUACAGAAAGCACAAUUAUAAUAAGCAACAAUUCUUUGAAAUCCCUACAUUACCUUAAUAAGUAGCCUUAGUUGUGUAACCCUUGGAUUUAUCAUUCCUGACCCAUUCUUUCAAAUAGUCUGUGCUUAACAUUACCUCCUCACCUACAUUCAAAGUAUUCAACACAACUGCUAAAUAAAAAUGCUUCACUGCCUUUCUACUUCACUAUCUGGUCUACCAUAUUACUUCAUAGUAUAACAUGAUAAAACUGUUCAUGUCAAAUAGACAAAUGUAACUUAAAAACAAAAAAUUUUAAAAAGAUGCAUUGGCUUUAUUUGCAAAGAAGACAACACAGGCUCAGACCAUUGUUGUACCAAAAAAUUUACAGUUUAUUUGUGGAAAGUGCACGUAACAUUUCAUAACUGCUUACAAAAGUCAUAAAAUAGCACUGUCGAAAGAAAUUAGCACCUGGAGGAGAUGCAAUUGCCAAUGACUGAAAUCUAAUUCUCUCAGACUCAUUUGGAACUUGAGAUGUGGACAACUGCCAAUUUUGUUUAUUUCUAAGUAGGGUUUUUCUUUUAACAAUGGAUCUGUGGUAAAAAUAAGUACAGGUCUUCUUUAAUUUGAGUUUAAAAGGAAAGCAAAACAUUAAAUUAACAGGGAACAAAUCUGAUACAACUUGUAAAAACACCUGUUAUAAAGUAAAAUAAUUUAUUAAAUCAUGAAAUAACCCUUCAAUCACGUUCUGAGUGCUUGACCUGUACAAUAUUUUCAGUUUAUCAUAUCUGUAUAUGUUUAUGUUGCCCAUUGUAAUUAAGUACCACAACUACUGUAUUUACUCCACAUAAAUGACUAGAUAUAAACCUAAAAUAUAGAGGUAGUCUUUUAAGCAAUAAGACAGCGAAAGAAGAUUACAGUCCUGAAAUUUAAUCUUAAAAUCAGAAAGCGUAAGAAAUUACUGAUUUCAUUAAUUGGGAGUGCCUGGAAGAGCGACAUGAACUAUUUUUAAAGUUAAUAGGAAGAGAGGAUGUUAACAUUAGUAGGAAUAUGUGGCAAUUUGAUGAAGUCUUUCAACAUAAUAAAUGGUUUAAGAAUAAUUAUGAAAUUUAAUUCGACACUGCACCAACCAUUCCAGUAAAGGUGCUUGCAUGCAUGCUCUAGGACUGGCUGCUGUAGUGAGAAAAGCACACAUGUAUGCAAUGCAAAAACCCCGUGAAUAGUACAGAAUCAUGAUUCGGGGGGGGGGGGGGGACUUUGUGGCAUCCAGCUCAAAAAAUAAACUGAUAAACUUAAUUUACUCUACUUUUGCUAUUUUAAAACCUGGCUACUAAAAGAUUACAGUAGUUUAGAUCACAUGCUUGUGGUUGACAUAUAGUGUAACUCUCCUGAGCUUCAUUGGCAAAUACAAGUACCAUCCACUAUACAUUAGUUUUUUUUUAAAAAGGCUAUGAUAUUAAGACAAAUGAAAAAUCAUCCAGGCUGCUUAAUUAGAGUGCUUCAUUAAUUCUUUGUGAUUUUAUUUUUACAGUUGAAACUUAGUUCUGACAGGGAUUGUUACAAUUAUGUUUUGUCACAAAAUAUAGUGAACAUCAGUAUAAGCAGCAGAAGUUUUCUCCCAGUUUUCUGGCUAACAUCUUACAACCAAUAAUCCUAAACCAGAUAUCUGGCCACUAUCAAAUUACUGAUUAUCUGGGACCUCACUGUACCCAAGCAGGCUACUGUGCUUCCUGAAUAACAGUGGGAAUUACAUUCACUAAAAGCACUUUUGAACAUCCCAAGAUGGUAAAAAGUGCCACAUAGUUUUUUUUUCCAGUCCUUAUAAAGUAUAAAACACAGUACUAAUGAACACAGCAAUAGGGUGGCACAUCUAGUAAAGCCUCUGCCUCAAAUGUAUCAGCCUGUGUUCAAUCCCUGACCUCCUCUGUUGUAUAGCUUAAACCAUUGCUUUAUGACUGCUUAGUAUUCUCCAGGUGCAUAUUAUUCCUCCUACAUCCCAAGGAUGUGAAGAUUGUCAGGUUAACUGGCCAUCAUACUUUUCCCCCAUUAUGCAGAUACAUGAUGGAAUCUGAAGGAGCUGAUUGGAAUGCAGGAAGAGUAAAACACGAUUAUGGUCAGUUGCUGCAAUGGAUGCUUCAAUUGAUGCCAACUUAAUGGGCCAAAGCCUUUCUCGGUGCAAAAUUAGAGAAGUGUCAGGAGAAAAGUGCAAAACAUCAGGAGGUUGGCUUGUUUAACUGGAGUGACAAUGAUUUGAUCAACUUUAGGACAGAGGGCUAGGGGGUAAAAAUUCUGUGGAAGAAGGAAGACAUUUCAUCUACACCAAAAGCACCCCGGAACCCGAUUGUAAGUAUUGAAGACAGUUUAAAUACAUCAGUUAAAUGAGAACACAAAAAAGAAUCAUAAACACUCCCACUGAUUAUUUGCAUAAAUUUUUAGAGUGCUGCAAAAAUUAAUCCUACAAAUGUGUAGUAAUUAAUUGAAACCAAUAAAUAAUGAUGAGAUAUUGCACAAAUAAGAAAGGCAGGUGAUAUAGGAUUUGCUACAUAAAAUACUUUGGAAUCAAAUUGUGGGUGUUUUAAUCCAAUCCCAUUAAUGAAAUGUUAUUUAGUGAAAAAUACUGUGCACCCAAAAGCCUGUUUUGGUCAUGAUAACUUAAUACAAAUUCCACCCAUGACAUCCAUCUUUGGAGGUGGGUGCUGAGUAAACCUGUAUUUCAAAUCCAUCAAACCAUCCUAGUGUAUCUUGUUCAGUGACUUGCUGCCUGUCAAAUAUUAUCAAGAAAGAAAAUAAAUUGAACAAUUACUCAGCCUAUUACUGUGGUUGCUGCUUUGGAACUAUUAGCAUUACAGUUACUGACCUUCAAAGUAAUCAAUUAAUAGUAUGAAACAUGUUUUUAUUCAAUGCUAUAAAUGCAAUUAUUGCAUAAUGUGGUACUGUACUCUCUCAAAGCAGCAAGAGAAAAAAAAAUGAAGAUCUGAUUUUUAAAAAACUGCUGGAAAAUAUGUAAUUUCUCUCUCCACAAUUUCCACUGUUCCAGUUACACUAAGGAUGGGAGAACCAGGAAAUUACCAUUGAAAUUUACAUACUUUUGUCAAUAUUUUACAUCAUCUUAAGCUUUCUUAUACCAUACAUAAUGACACAAGCCUGAAAAAAAAUCAAUGCCCUGCUUGGUAUCUGUGAUGUGUGUGUUUUUUUUUCCCCCAGUGAAGAAAAAUAUUACAGACAAGAUUAAUUCAAUGAAUUAAGAUCGCACAGAGUCCAGCCCUGUGGCUCAGAAAGGUAGGGAAAAGGAAGAGGAAGGCAGUAGUGAUAGGGGUCUCUAUAGUUAGAAGGUCAGACAGGCAAUUCUGUGGACACAGAAAAGAAAUUCGCAUAGUAGUUUGCCCACUGGGUGCCAGGGUCUGGGAUGUUUCAGAUUGCGUCCAAGGUAUCCUGCAGUGGGAGGGAGCACAGCCAAAGGUCAUGGUACAUAUUGGUACCAAUGACAUAGGUAGGAAAAGGGAAGAGGUCCUGAAAAAAGACUACAGGGAGUUAGGAAGGAAGUUGAGAAGCAGGACCACAAAGGUAGUAAUCUCAGGAUUACUGCCUGUGCCACGCAACAGUAUAGGAAUAGAAUGAGGUGGAGGAUAAAUGCAUGGCUGAGGGAUUGGAGGCCAGGGAUUCAGGUUUCUGGAUCAUUGGAACCUCUUUUGGGGCAGGUGUGACCUAUACAGAAAGGAUCGGUUGCACUUGAAUCCCAGGGGGACCAAUAUCCUGGCGGGUAGGCUACUGGGGAAGAGUUUAAACUAGAAUUGUUGAGGGGUGGGAACCGAACUGAAGAGACUGGGGAUGAGGCAGUUGGCUCACAAACAGAGAAAGCUUGGAGACAGUAUGUGAGGGAAGAUAGGCAGGUGAUAGAGAAGGGACAUGCUCAGAUGGACAGUUUGAGAUGUGUCUAUUUUAACGCAAGGAGUAUUGUGAACAAAGCGGAUGAGUUUAGAACAUGGAUCAGUACUUGGAGCUGUGAUGUGGUGGCCAUUACAGAGACUUGGAUGGCUUAAGGACAGGAAUGGUUACUUCAAGUGCCGGGUUUUAGAUGUUUCAGAAAGGACAGGGAGGGAGGCAAAAGAGGUGGGGGCGUGCCACUGUUGAUCAGAGAUAGUGUCACGGCUGCAGAAAAGGUAGAUGUCAUGGAGGAAUUGUCUAUGGAGUCUCUGUAGGUGGAGGUUAGGAACAGGAAAGGGAUCAAUAACUCUACUGGGUGUUUUUUAUAGGCCGCUCAAUAGUAACAGGGAUAUUGAGGAGCAGUAAGGGGGUAGAGAUAGCCCAGGAAAUUAUAGACCAGUGAGUCUUACUUCAGUGGUUGGUAAGUUGAUGGAGAAGAUCCUGAGAGGCAGGAUUUAUGAACAUUUGGAGAGGUAUAAUAUGAUUAGGAAUAGUCAGCAUAGCUUUGUCAAGGGUAGGCUGUGCCUUACGAGCCUGAUUGAAUUUUUUGAGGAUGUGACCAAACACAUUGAUGAAGGAAGAGCAGUAGAUGUAGCGCAAGGUAUCUAAUAAGGUACCUCAUGCAAAGCUUAUUGACAAAGUAAGGAAGCAUCGGAUCCAAGGGGACAUUGCUUUGUGUAUCCAGAACUGGCUUGCCCACAGAAGGCAAAGAGUGGUUGUAGACGAGUCAUAUUCUGCAUGGAGGUCGGUGACCAGUGGUGUGCCUCUGGGAUCUGUUCUGGGACCCUUACUCUUUGUGACUUUUAUAAAUGACCUGGAUGAGGAAGUGGAGGGAUGGGUUAGUAAGUUUGCUGAUGACACAAAGGUUGGGGGUGUUGUGGAUAGUGUGGAGGGCUGUCAGAGGUUACAGCGGGACAUUGAUAGGGUGCAAAACUGGGCUGAAAUGUGGCAGAUAGAGUUCAACCCAGAUAAGUGUGAGGUGGUUCAUUCUGGUAGCUGAAAUAUGAUGGCAGAAUAUAGUAUUAAUGGUAAGACUCUUGGCAGUGUGGAGGAUCAGAGGGAUCUUGGGGUCCGAGUCCAUAGGACGCCCAAAGCAGCUGCGCAGGUUGACUGUGGUUAAGAAGGCAUACGGUGUAUUGGCUUUCAUUAAUUGUGGAAUUGAAUUUAGAAGUCGAGAGGUAAUGUUGCAGGUAUAUAGGACCCUGGUCAGACCCCACUUGGAGUACUGUGCUCAGUUCUUGUCACCUCACUACAGGAAGGAUGUGGAAGCCAUAGAAAGGGUGCAGAGGAGAUUUACAAGGAUGUUGCUUGGAUUGGGGAGCAUGCCUUAUGAAAACAGGUUGAGUGAACUCGGCCUUUUCUCCUUGGAGCGACAGAGGAUGAGAAGUGACCUGAUAGAGAUGUAUAAGAUGAUGAGAGGCAAUGAUCGUGUGGAUAGUCAGAGGCUUUUUUCCAGGGCUGAAAUGGUUGCCACAAGAGGACAUAAGUUUAAGGUGCUGGGGAGUAGAAAACCAUAGAAACCAUAGAAACUACAGCACAGAAACAGGCCUUUUGGCCCUUCUUGGCUGUGCCGAACCAUUUUCUGCUUAGUCCCACUGACCUGCACACGGACCAUAUCCCUCCAUACACCUCCCAUCCAUGUAUCUGUCCAAUUUAUUCUUAAAUGUUAAAAAAG